AUCUGUUACAUCGCGUUGUCCUUCACCUGACAUUUCUGAACUCCAUUUUGAGCGGAGCUUACGUCUGGUGUACGUGUGCAGUGUCUACAAAGUAUUUUGCAUUAAAUUCCUCCCGGAAACAUGUCGAAGAUCGGUAUCAAUGGAUUCGGCCGCAUUGGCCGCCUGGUGCUCCGUGCUGCCAUCGAGAAAGGAGCUCAAGUUGUAGCCGUCAACGACCCAUUUAUUGGUUUGGACUAUAUGGUUUACAUGUUCCAAUAUGACUCCACUCAUGGUCGUUUCAAGGGAACCGUUCAGGCCCAAGAUGGACAUCUAGUUGUCAACGGAAACAAGAUCGCAGUUUUCUCUGAGAGAGACCCUAAAGCCAUUCCAUGGGCUAAGGUUGGUGCUGAAUACGUUGUUGAAUCCACUGGUGUAUUUACCACCAUAGACAAAGCCUCAGCUCACUUGGAGGGUGGUGCCAAGAAAGUUAUCAUCUCUGCUCCUAGUGCUGACGCACCUAUGUUUGUCGUUGGCGUCAACCACGAAACUUAUGACCCCUCACACAAGGUCAUCUCCAAUGCAUCUUGCACGACUAACUGCCUUGCUCCUCUCGCUAAGGUCAUUCAUGAUAACUUUGAAAUUGUUGAGGGUCUUAUGACCACUGUACACGCCACUACCGCCACCCAAAAGACUGUUGACGGACCCUCUGGCAAACUGUGGCGCGAUGGCCGUGGUGCGCAGCAGAACAUUAUUCCCGCCUCUACAGGAGCCGCUAAGGCCGUCGGCAAAGUUAUUCCUGCUCUGAACGGCAAGCUGACUGGUAUGGCUUUCCGCGUCCCCGUCCCUAAUGUUUCCGUAGUUGACCUGACUGUUCGCCUAGGCAAACCUGCCAGCUACGAUGCCAUUAAACAGAAAGUGAAGGAAGCCGCGGCCGGACCACUUAAAGGUAUCCUUGGAUAUACCGAAGAUCAGGUUGUAUCUUCUGACUUUAUUGGUGACACACAUUCGUCGAUCUUCGACGCCGCUGCUGGUAUCUCUUUGAAUGACAACUUCGUAAAGUUGAUCAGCUGGUACGACAAUGAGUAUGGUUACUCCAGCAGAGUCAUUGAUCUCAUCAAGUACAUCCAGACCAGGGAUUAAACGAUACAACUUCUAGAGAUGUGAUUAUGAUUUUGUCGAGAUUAACUGCACUUUCAUGUUAUGUCAUAAGUAUAUCUAGCUGUUUAAAAAUAUAAAUUAUUGCUACUUUGACAGUAGUGGAUAUGUAUGUGUUAUUCUUGUUCUACAAUCUAAUAAGAGUAAGUGUAAAUGUGUCCAGCGCAUUAUAUCAAAAGUUGAAAUUAACAACACGUGUA